UUAACCAUUUCACCUGCUCACUGGUUCAUUUAAUUUUCUGUCAUUAAGCCUUUAACUUCGUAAACUGAUACAGCCAUCUGUUCUUGAGUUCCGAGCUUAACCAGGUGUACUAACUAAUCCCUUUAAAAUCACGUAGUUAGCUUCAGAAGUUGUUUAGCAACUGUCGACCAUGCUAGUGUUAGCUAGCAAAAGUUAGCUAAUGUGUUAGCACUCGCCGCUGGAUUCACAACACUCACCGUAAGAAGCAGUGGAGAGUGGACGCUGAUGGGGGACGAAAAGGAGACCUGGAAAGUUAAAACUCUUGACGAAAUUCUACAGGAAAAAAAACGCAGAAGAGAAUUAGAAGAAAAAACGGAUCCCAAGCGCCAGAAAAAUUUCUCUCCGGGCCUUGUUCCACAGUCGGAUGAUCGGGAGACAAAACGAGAUACCCCGGAGGAAGGAGAACUACGGGAUCAAAAGAUGGAAAUAACAAUUCGUAAUUCCCCGUACACUCGGGAGGACUCAACCGAGGACAGGGGCGAAGAAGAUGACUCAUUACCAAUCAAGCCACCACAGCAAAUAGCAAGAAAAGACAAGUCUCACCACAGAAAGGAGGAGAAGAGAAAAGAUAAAAGACGUCAUCGCAGUCACUCUGCUGAAGGAGCAGGGAAACAUGUUCGACCCAAAGAGAAGGAAAAAGAGCGAGAGAGUGAUCGCAGGAACCGUCAAUGGGAAGAAGACAAAGCCCGGCGAGACUGGGAGAGGCAGAAACGAAGGGAAGAGGCCAGGGCUCACUCGCGCCGAGAGAGACCCCGAUUGGAUUCUCCUGGGUUUUUUUUGGACCACAGGGACCGGCUGGAACAGCAGGAGCGCCAGCGCGAGCGAGACAGAAAGCUGCGCGAACAGCAGAAAGAGCAGCGGGAGCUGAAAGAUCGAGAGAGGAGGGCCGAGGAGCGGCGCAAAGAGCGAGGGGGUCGGCGAGAAGUGCCGCCCACCCACAGGAUGCUACCUGAUGAUUACGAUGACAAGUUAAAACAAAGUCACCGCAGCCGAAGUCCCCCCCGCGUUCCCCGGGACAGAUCAGAUCUCAGUGAACCCAGAAAGAGUGGAAUUUCCCCGACAUCGUCAUCGUCGUCGUCUCAUACGCCUGCAACCUCUAAGGAGGAUAAGCCGGAGGGCAAAGAUCCGCUGGCAGACCUCCAGGACAUCAGCGGCAGCGAGAGGAAGACCAGCUCGGGAGAAUCCUCCAUCGCCUCAGGAUCAGGCUCUGACGAAGAAGACGAUGAUGACGAAGACGAGUCCAGCAGCCAGAGUGAGGGCGAAGAAGAGGAAGGAGAGUCUAUUUCAGGCUCGGGGAGGUCUGAGCAGAGUGCAGAGGACGUGAGUGAGGACGAGCAGUCAGGGGAGGAAUUUGAAGAGGAGAGGGAAAAUGGGAAUCACGUUCCUGCAGUGCCAGAGUCCCGCUUCGAUCACGACUCCGAGGAGAGCGGUGAGGACAUGGAGGACGACGAAGAGGGGGACGAGACCGCAGGAGAGGGAGACCCCACGCCUCAGUCUCAAACUCAUUCCCGCUCCCCCACCCCUGAAGAGAACUACAUCCCAGACUCGCCCCCGAUUUCCCCCGUGGAGCUGAAGAAGGAGCUGCCCAAAUAUCUGCCUGCUUUACAGGGUUGUCGCAGUGUGGAGGAAUUCCAAUGCUUGAACCGAAUAGAAGAGGGGACCUAUGGCGUGGUGUACCGAGCCAAGGACAAAAAGACAGAUGAAAUCGUGGCCCUGAAAAGGCUGAAGAUGGAGAAGGAGAAGGAGGGCUUCCCCAUCACCUCUUUGAGAGAAAUCAAUACAAUCCUGAAAGCUCAGCACCCGAACAUCGUCACAGUGAGGGAAAUAGUUGUUGGAAGUAAUAUGGACAAAAUCUACAUCGUGAUGAACUACGUAGAACAUGACCUGAAGAGUCUGAUGGAAACCAUGAAGCAGCCCUUCCUGCCAGGUGAAGUGAAGACUCUGAUGAUCCAGCUGCUGCUAGGUGUCCGCCAUCUCCACGACAACUGGAUCCUCCAUCGCGAUCUGAAGACGUCCAAUCUGCUGCUGAGCCACAAGGGGAUCCUCAAGAUUGGAGACUUUGGUUUGGCCCGUGAGUAUGGCUCCCCCUUAAAGCCCUACACCCCCGUAGUGGUGACCCUGUGGUACCGAUCACCGGAGCUGCUGCUCGGAGCCAAGGAGUACUCCACAGCUGUGGACAUGUGGUCAGUGGGCUGCAUAUUUGGGGAGCUGCUCACCCAGAAACCUCUUUUCCCCGGAAAAUCUGAAAUCGACCAGAUUAACAAGAUAUUUAAGGAUCUGGGGUCACCCAGCGAGAAGAUCUGGCCCGGCUACAACGAGCUGCCCGCUGUGAAGAAAAUGACUUUCACAGAGUAUCCCUACAAUAACCUGCGAAAACGCUUUGGAGCACUGCUUUCGGAUCAAGGCUUCGACCUCAUGAACAAAUUCCUCACCUACUGCCCCAGUAAGAGGAUUUUAUCGGACGAGGGCCUCAAGCACGAGUACCUCCGCGAGACGCCGCUGCCCAUCGACCCGUCCAUGUUCCCCACCUGGCCGGCCAAGAGCGAGCAGCAGAGGGUGAAGAGAGGCACCAGCCCUCGCCCGCCCGAGGGAGGCCUGGGCUACAGUCACCUGGGCGACGACGAUCUCAAAGACACCGGCUUCCACCUGACGACCAGCAACCAGGGAGUGUCUGCAGUCGGCCCUGGAUUCAGCCUAAAAUUCUGAGCCCAAACACUGCAGGACACCUGGCUGUCUGAGAGCAAGAGCAAAGAAAGUUCUGUGAAUUGUUUCUUCUUUUGGAAUUGGACAGUGUCACUGGUUUACAGCUGCGAACCAGAGCGCAAUCUGACCGAUUACAACUGUUACCAGAUAGUCCGGACUGUCUCACAGCAAGACUGGUGGCUCCAACAUGUUGAAUCUCCAGAAAUGUCACUGCGACCUUUUCUGCUUCUUCUGUGUUUUUUUGUAAAACCAUUUCACCAUUUUUAAAUGUGGUCAUUUUUAGCUCUUAGCAGGAAACACAACCAUUCAUCUGUUAGAAGUUUAGCUCUCGUGUUCUUUUAAUUUUCCCUUUUUUAUACUUCAUGAGAGACCAGAUUUUCUAAACGGUUGGUAUUUCCUGGCUGCCUGAGCUACUGUAUAACGAUGCUUUCAUCCAGCAUUAUGUUAGAAAUGUCCUGUCAGUGUCACUCCAUGACGGGGACGAUGUUAUUGCUCAAAAUAAAGUUUGAAACUUUG